AUUCGCAUGCCAAACUGACAAACUCGAUAAAGUACCUAGUUUUAUUUAGCGUAUCGGUUUUCACAAAUUAAUUAUUUUAGUUCAUAAUUUCUGUAUUCAGAGAUAAUGUGUAUAGUCCUGUGUACAACGCAGUUAAAUGUAUACAGUUCUUAAAAAAAUACAUUUCUAAAAAUUAUUCGUUCGAAAUGUUAAGAGCACUUUCCUGUGUAUAUAUUGAGAAGCAGGUUCUAAGAAGAAAAGAUGUGCUUAAAGUUUUAUGUGCACAUGUACACUCCCGUGUCAAGCCAGAGACAACAGUGCUGACUCACGAUGUGGGCGGGCCGGCGACGAGCGCCCCGCCCCCGCCUGCGCCCCCGCCUCCCCCUGCCGCACCCCCUCCGCCGCCGCCGCGCCGCUCUUACGCCAUACUGACGGCGCUUACGUUCGCAGCGUCUGUGGGAGGGGUGUAUCUGUAUCGCAGAAUGAAACCAGAGCCUCUAGAAGAAACUGUCACAGAGACGCGCGGAGAGCGGGCGGUGACGGACGAGGCGGCGCCCGAGCCGGUGCCCGCGCUGGCGGAGCAGCUGCCGGCGCACGCGCAGUACCUGGUGGUGGGCGGCGGCACGGCGGCGUUCGCGGCCAUGCGCGCCAUCCGGAGCGCGCGGCCCGACGCGCAGGUGCUGCUGGUGUCGGCCGAGCACGCGCUGCCGUACAUGCGGCCGCCGCUCAGCAAGGAGCUGUGGCGCGAGGAGGAGCUGGCCGCGCGGGCAGCGCACCCCGACUCGCUCACCUUCGCGCAGUGGAACGGCCGCCGCCGCAGCGUGCUGUACGAGCCCGGCGCGUUCUACACGAGCGCGGAGCGGCUGCGCGAGGCGGGCGCGGGCGCGGGCGUGGCGCGCGGCUGGCGCGUGACGCGCGUGGACGCCGAGCGGCGCCGCGCCGACCUGGAGGACGCGGCGGGCGGCCAGCGGGCCUCCGUCACCUUCGACAAGUGCCUGCUGGCGCCGGGCGUGCGCGCGCGCCGCCUGCCGCAGCUGCGGGCCGCCGCCGCCGCCGGCCGCAGCUUCGCCGUGCGCGAGCUGCGGGACGUGGCGCGCCUGGCCCGCGCGCUCGACGACCCGCGCGUGCGCACCGUGGCCGUCGUGGGCGGCGGCCUGCUCGCCACCGAGCUGGCCGCCGCGCUGGCUGACCGUCUGCGCUCACGCGGCGUGCGCGUGGCGCUGCUGUACCGCGAGCGCCGGCCGCUGGAGCACGUGCUGCCGCCGUACCUGGCCGCCGACGCCGGGCGCCGCCUGCAGGAGCUGGGCGUGGCGCUGCUGCCCGACACCGAGCUGACGGGCUGCCGCCUGGAGCACGGCGCGCUGCGGCUGGCCACGAGCGGGCCCGGCGAGCUGCGCGCCGACGUGCUGGUGGAGUGCGUGGGCAGCGAGCUGGACGAGGGGCUGGCGCGCGCGUCGCGCCUGGAGACGCACCCGGCGCUGGGCGGGCUGCUGGUGAACGCGGAGCUGCAGGCGCGCGACGGGGUGUGGGCGGCGGGCGACGCGGCCUGCUUCUACGACGAGCUGCUGGGCCGGCGCCGCGUGGAGCACCACGACCACGCCGUGCUGUCGGGCCGCCUGGCCGGAGAGAACAUGGCCGCCGCGGCGCCCGCGCGCGCCUACCGCCACCAGUCCAUGUUCUGGAGCGACCUCGGGACCCGCCUCGGAUACGAGGCGAUAGGCAUCAUCGACUCGAGCCUGCAAACCGUGGGCGUGUUUUGUGAGGACGCUGUCAGCGACGUUAAAGUGGAGGUGGCGGCGGGGGCCACGGCGAAGACGCCAGCGGAGUCACAGGAAAUGAUAGAGGUGGAGGGCAGCGCGAGGCCAGAGGCCGCGUGGACGGAGUCGACAGCGGAGCCACAGGACAAGUUAGAGGUGGAGGGCAGCGCAAUGGCUGCGGGGUCGGGGGAGCGGUACGAGCGCGGCGUGGUGUUCUACCUGCGCGAGCGGCGAGUGGUGGGCGUGCUGCUGUGGAACCUGUUCAAUAGGAUGCACGUCGCCAGGCAGGUCCUGUCGCAAGGAGAGUUCGAGGAUCUGUUCGAAGUGGCGAAGCUGUUCUCUUUGCACGAGGAAGACUAGAAGAAGAGUAUUUCUAAUACCAACGUAGCAUUUAUUUGUAUAUAUUACUUACCUAGAAUAUUUAAAUAAAUUGUAUGAACUACAA